CAUAAUGAAACCGACGGCUCUGUCCGGUCGCAACGCAGGAAUGAAGGUAGUUGCAUGCUUGGUUUGGAACUUUCUUCUACUUGCACAGCUUUUUAGGCCUCACGUGUCGACUCCAAAAAAUUGUUCUUCUUAUUUUUCUAAAUUUUUUAACCAACUCACCACGAUUCUUGCUUGAUACUGGGUGUUUCUUCAGUUUCUUCUCUCAAUUUCGAUCACAUCUUCCAUUUUGCAUGCACAGUUUCGACUGUAAAUUCCAGGUUCUUCUUUCCUUUUCAGCUCCCGUAGUAACGAAGCUUUUUUGCUUAUUUUACCUUUUAUUUCCUUUUCUUGGUGCUUAUUUGCUGGUAUGCGUGGACCCUAAUCCUCUAGUUGGACCUGCUUGUUUUUAUACCAUCUUAGGUCAUGUUAUUUACUCUGUUUUGUUAGAAUUCUUUACUGGAAUAGCAUUUUUCUUAGUGGGUUAUUGUUCAAAUCAUAGUUCCAAAUUUUGCAUUUUCUUGGUGGUGGUUCAAUUAUUGUUCAUGAAGUUCUUGUAAUUCUUCUCAGAAUUCAAUACUGAAUCUGGGAUUUUUAGCUCUUUUAAGGGGAAUGGCUUUCAGGGCCGUUCACUCUUGGACUUUGGGUGGUCUUAUAGCGGCCUUCAUUGACCUUGCUAUUGCUUAUACUCUGCUAUGUGUGUCAGCUCUUGCAUUUGUCCCAUCAAAGUUCUUGAAUUUCUUUGGAUUUUAUCUGCCAUGUCCCUGUAGUGGGUUUUUUGGGUACCAAAAUGAUGAUUUAUGCUUGCACAGACUGCUUAUUGAUUGGCCAAUAAGAAAGAUUAAUGCUGUUCAGGAGUUGGCGAAGAAUAGGUUUCCUUUGAAUUUGAUUUGGUUUGGGCAUGAAUCCUGCAAUUUCCAUGUGGAAGGGGUUGGAAACAGAAAAUGUGGAAAUGGGAUUUUUGAAUUGGAGGGAGAAACAUGUUGUCGUUCACUUUCGGGUCCAAGAUUUCAGAGUCAUGUUGAUAGGAAAAGUAGGUAUGUUGCUGAGGGGAAGAAGAUUAUGAACCAGAAACAGAAAUCUGGGAUCCAGUGGCGCAGAAGAGCUGCUGUUGGAUAUGGAAAACGUGAAAUUGACGAAUUCUUGGAUACUGACAGUGGAAUAGAAGAUGGUUUCCUCGGUAAUCGAGAUGUUCCAAAUGGCACUGAUUUCAGUGAAAGAAUAAGCCAUCGGUUUGAAUUGGAUGGAUCCAAUGGGAAGGGUAAAGGCAUCAACUGGGAUCAAUUAUCUGUUGAAAAUUUUACCUGUGAUGUUGAAGACAGUGCUGGAAAUGAUGCAAAUGUUAUCCUUGUGUUGGAACAAGCACUUGAAGAAGAGAAAGCCACCCAUGCAGCUCUUUUCCAAGAGUUGGAGAAAGAGAGGGCUGCUGCUGCAACUGCUGUUGAUGAAGUCAUGGCAAUGAUAUUGCGGCUGCAAGAGGAUAAGGCAUCAAUUGAAAUGGAAGCGAGGCAGUAUCAACGGGUGAUAGAAGAAAAAUGUGCUUAUGAUGAAGAAAAGAUGAACAUUCUGAAAGAGAUCCUUGUUAGGAGGGAGAGGGAGAUUCAUUUUCUGGAGAAGGAGAUUGAGGCUUAUGAGCAGAUGAACUUUAUGGGAAAUGAUCAGUUGGAAGGCGAUUCAAGCUUUAAGAUAGAUAAGAAAGAACAGACACCUUCAUUUUCCAUUGAUUCAAAUGAGAAUCCAGUACCAGUGCUGCAGCAGAUUGAGAAUAGUAAAUCCAUUGGUGAAAAGGAAGUGGCAACUAAUCCAAAAUGGCCUUCUAAUCAUGAACAUAUACAUACACUUGCUUUGGGGAAAGAAAUGAUGUCAAAGCACAUGGAGUUAACUUCUGACUUUUCUGCUUCAGAAGGAUUGGUGCAGAAAACUCUUAGUGUGGCAGGGAAAGAAAAAACAGAAAGGGAUAUCAGGGUGAUAUCACCAGGAAUGAAGGCACCCCAAACUUGUGGCAGCAGUGGAGAAGAGCUAGAGAAAGAGUGGAAUCAAGCAGGCUGCAACAUGCAUAGUUCAAUGCUUGACACGGAAUCAACUGUUUAUGACAUACAUGUCAUUGAUGAAAAAACUGUACAUGGAAAGGAGAAUGGUGGAAAAGAAAGCGGACCAUUGAGUGCUACCACUUCAGAUUCUGGGGUUCAGAAUAGUAUAUUUUUUAGAGAUUGUCCUACUAUAAGCAUGGCAGAAAUUGAGCCUAAACUUCAUGGAAACUCUUCCAAUAAGUGUAGAAACUCGCUAUUUUUGGGUAGUUCACUGUACAAAACUCUUACUAUUGACUUGCGGAUGCAUUCUUCAUCUGCUGUUGAUGGUGAAAGGUUGAAAAUUGACAAUGAGGUUGAAUGGCUUAGAGAAAGGCUUCGAAUAGUGCAAGAAGAAAAAGAGAAGUUGACUUUCUCUACAGAGCACAGGGAAAGGGUAAAUGCUCUAUUGAGCCUUGUGGAAGAUAUAGUGAACCAGCUUCGAGAGAUUCAGCUUCUGCGAGAACCUGUGUGGCAGGCUUCUUAACCUCCAUCAUCUUCUAAGUUGAAAAGAAUACUGGGAAAGAAUCCGAGGAACCGAGUCAAGGCCAAGAGGC